AUGGAACCUGGGCCGCCUGAGACCAAACGUCCCCGGCUCUUACAGACCGGACCGUCGUGGUCUUCGCAUCAGGCCGUAUCACUCCCUCAUCCUAACGCCGUACACCACCCGUCAGCACCAGGCCCUCACCACCCUGCGCCGCCGCCAUAUCAACACCCGCUUCCCUUCUCGCGACCUCCAGAGCCUUCUUUACCACCGGCUCAUCACCACCUUGACGACCGUCGCCAUCAUGAACAUGAGCCAUAUCCGCCAAUGCAUGAUCCUCACAGACAGCCUCCUCCGCCUCCCUCGUCAGCGCAUCCGUCUUUUCCGCCCUACGGACCGCGGGAACCGGUCGUAAAGCGAGAUCCUGGCGAGGAUAACUCUCUCCCCCAGCUGCGCCGACCGAACUCGACCGGCAACGUAACAGAUAAUCUCCCACCUGGCCCUCAUGGUCCUCCGCAUACGAAUCCUCAAGACGACCCGCGACGGCAUCUCAGCUACGAUAGUGGCCCCUCGAUGCCACAUUCACCAGCCAUGUAUAGACCACCACCGCAGAACUACCAUCCUCCUCCACCGACGCCAGUCGCCCAGCAUCCUCAAUACGAUAGUCCUCAUGUCUAUGGCCCACCAGCUUCUAUGUAUCCUUUAGAAAUUGCGACUAGCGCUAAGCGGAAAGCUCAGCGUGCCUCACAGGCUUGCGAUAGUUGUAGACAGCUCAAAGCUAAAUGCGACGAGACUAAACCUUGUAAAAAUUGCCGGGAGAAAAAUAUCGACUGUAAAUAUCGAGACCCCCCUGCAAAACAGAGCCUCGACCGCUUAUCGAAAUGGCAUGACCAAGGUAGAAGCAUUGGGCAGUCACGCAGAGACAACCAGCUGGCAUUUGCCUUCUGGACAUGCCUGCAAUUAGAAAGUGACAUCCUCGCUGAGCUACCUCUUCCUCAAUCAGGUAUCUUGCAAUAUGAAGAUAGGAUGCCAUAUCCAAACUCGGAGUAUGCUGUCAAUCAAGGUUUCUCAGAGCAUAUAGUAACGGGUUACAUUGCACAGUUGUAUCUUCGGAAACAACUUAACCAAGUGCAUACCCUGCUCUACGAUUCGGACAAGCAGAAUAAGCACAAGAACGGAAUUACGUUAGACGACCCCGCGAUCGAAGAAGGUAUUAAGCGGAUCGAGGAGAUGCUUAGGAACUCGAGAAACCGUUGGGUGCCAAACAGUUACCGAUGGAAUGAUAAUGACCCUCCGGCGAACGACAUACUGGGAGCCCGUCUUCGUGCAAAGUAUUGGGGUUCGCAAGUUAUUCUCUACCGACCUUUUCUGAGGGCCAUUCUUGAACGAGAACCUUGGCCGUAUCAUAACCAAGCGGGGUCUCCAGAUGCUCAGCAGACUCCCGAAUAUGCAGAAGUCCCCCAGGGCGUAGACAGUAGGAUCGUCAAAUAUGCCGGCUUAGCAAUCUAUGCCCUCGUUGAGAGCACUCGAGCAUUCCAUGGGAUACCUAGUAGUCAGCGCAUCAUAAUCACCAACGUAUUCGGAACAGCUCAUGCUCAAUGGGGAAAUCUUCUAACCCUCGCAGCAUGCUACAGAGAUAGAUAUCUACACAAGUUCAUCGAUGCGGAGACACUAAGCAACCUCUUCUCUCGGACGAUAUCCUUCUUCCAAUCGAUUGCCCAACCCACGAGCGCUCUAAGGGCUGAUAUGAACAUCUUGAUCGGCCUAGCUAAAGACCUGGGGUUCAUUCGAGAUGAGUACGAGAUUACAAGUUCGAGCUUUUCGAGCCUUUCAAGCGGCGGUCCUCUUCCUCCUAUGCAUAAUCCUAGCGACAACUAUCAUGUUCCUCCACCAUCCGCACUAAGACAGUCUUCACAUUUACCGCCAUCGUCGCAUUCGAUCCCUUGA